AUGCGCUUGUCGGCAGCCACCUGGAACGUUGUGCAGGCUCUGUCCAGGGUGCCCGCUUUGGCAGGAACCAUGGUCAUGGUGUUUCCGGUCAAUGCCAUGAGCAACCGGGUGUUGGGGUCGGAAGAAAACGCCCCUACCAUCCAUUUCCUCGUCCAGCGGCCGUUGGUUUCCGUCCCGCCCGUCUGCAACGGUGGUCCGUAUUGGCUUGAUGCGCCGAUCAUGGAACAACUCAUGCAAUGGAGGUCGAUCGUGAUGAAGAGGUUCAAGGAAGACCCGUUGCUCCAGGCGAACAUCACCGACCGGAACCUGUUUAAGCCUAUCCGAGACCACGAUGACCGGCUGAUUUAUGACGGAGUUUGUUAUUUGAGGUUCCUGUGUGUCGACCAGGUACUUGGCGAUAUGCGCCGGGCGGAUACAAUCACUGCGGCACAGAUCCCAUUCGUCGGCCUGAAGGAUCUUCUGGUGCUGGGAAUCCAGAUCGCCGGCUGUCUGCUACCGACGGACAAGAACGACAACACCGGAUACGCGAUCGACGUGUUGGUGGGAAGCCUGGCUUCUCUGUCCCCCGACAACGUCGUUAACCUGAGCGAAGACCAAAAACACGCCGCGCGUCACUUCGUGAAGAUGCUACAAGGCUCGGCCUUUUCGACCGAAAAGUGGGAAGCUUACCUCGGGUUGAAUACGUCCGACAACUAG